UGCCGCCAUGCGUGGCCUGUAUCAAGUAAGCUGGAGUCAGCACCCUGGCUCUCGGCGGGGGGGAGGGACAAGGAAGAGAGUGAGCGACGACGGUCGCGAAGCGAAUUCGGUGGUUUACGAAACCCGACGAGCCAACUCUGCUCGGCUGCGGACCCUAGGCCAGCGCCCUGCGAGAAUAUUGCUGAGACAUGUGGCUCGAUUGGGGCUCGUGGCCUCCUGACACGGUUGCCCGAGACCUCUCAAACACUGGCUGGCGAUGCCGUCAGGCCUGGCUUUUAUCAAGUAAAUUGGAGUCAGCACCCUGGCUCUCGGCUUUGGAGGCGGCAAUUUGCCUCCUCCGAAGGCAUAUACUAAGCAGCAAAACUUUCAGGAUCUGUGGCACAGCGUCUGGAGCAUAUAGUGGAAAGCAUGGUUGCCAAGAUAGUGCGGUUUCCCAGAGCGCGGUUCGCUGCAGCAUGCCACGCGCGCUGCUUUCCUACAUGGAUUUGGCACCGUGCCCGUCUAGGCACGUCUGCCUCUGAUCGCCACAGAGCGUCGUCCGCAUCCAAAGACCAGAGAUUUUCCAUCGAAUGUCUCUAGGGUUUAUAGAAUGCGCUGUCGCCCAGAGAUCUUCCAUCGAAGGGCGCGAGACCAGAGAGCUGCCAUCGCAGGAAAGGGGGCAGGAGCCGGGGCAGCAGCAGGAGUCCCUCCCUCCUUCUCUCCCUCCCCUCCUUCCCUUCCCUAUGGGCCCUCCCAGGAGCAGUAUAUAAGAAAAUGGAGAAGAAGAAUAGAGGAGAAGAAAUGGUGGCGGAAGGCAGGGCGAGAAAGGUCGUUGUCGUCGGUCCGCAGGAGCUCUGGCCGGCCCUCCCGGCCCCCGCCCCCGCCCCCUGCCGCGCCCGCCCCAUCCGGGGCCCGAGGGGGCACUGCGCCGCCGGAGGUCACAAUGGCUGUCAAUUUGGUGAUGAUCGUGAUCGGAUUCUCCAUGAUGGCGCACGCAGGAUAUGGGCUCAUGGAGGAGUCGCGAGCGGCAACCCUGGCCUCUCAAGAAGGCAUCGCCAUCAGCAGCCAGAUCUUCCUCGAGGCCCGCUGCCCAGAGGAAGGGCGUCUUUGGGCAGGGAGCUACGAUGCCAGUGACCUCUUCCGCAGCGCGUGAGCGGGCGCUUCGGAACGCGUUCUGCCAGGGUUGAGGUUUGCGUGAGAAGGGGCUCACACCUAUGCAAGACGGCCUGGUGGCAUUAUUCAACGCCCCCCCCUCGCUUCCCGACCUCGGGUUCCUCGGGGGCCCCGCCCCACCCCAUCAACCCAGGAAUGCUCUCUCUUUCUUGGCUGGGUACGGGGGCUUGAUGUCAGAGCGACCCCAGCUUGCCUCCCGACCGCUCGUCGCUUGCAGUCAGCUCGUCGCUGUGUGGUCUGCUGCUUGUAUCCCACUCGCCUGAACCUGGCAUGCACCUUGCACUAAGUGUUCAUUCAGGUGUCACCCGCUUGUAUGCAGCUUGCGCAGACCUUCCUCCUGGGUCGGGUUGCUUUGUUGAGUCCUCUUCCCAGCAGUUGGGGGCGCUGUUACGUUUCAUACCGAAUUGCAUUGUAGGAACAAGUAAAAUGCGUUCAUCAUCUUGUCUUCACCCUGUCAAGUUUCGCCUACCUUUAGACUGCAAAAUCUCGUUUUCUGAUGUCCUGUGUUCGCCAUCACUCUGACCUGCUUGUUCGCAUGGUCUCAGGUUGGCAGCGUGCUUCCAGUGUUUCUCCCCCGCGUAGCGCCUGCCUUCUGUGUCCAAAUUUGCAAACUCACGUACACUGUGAGCCCAGCCGAGGUGGUGAUAGGAGCAGUCGUGGCCCUUUGGGGUGGCAUCGACGAUUUUAAGCCCAUCUUGAUGUCAGAUUCCAAGAAGACAGGCUGGGAGACGCAGCAUUUACGAGAGGGCUUCUAUCGCUACCGAAGCCGGACAAGGUUUCUCAGGCUGAUGGGUGGCGGGGGAGUCGACGGGGGACGCGGGCAGCGGGUCGUGACGAGAGGGGCGUAAAUUGACGCAGCGCGACAGAUCAAUGUAAGCUGUUCGUUGGCCACAGCAUGGUUCCCUCCCUGCUCAUUGUGGCGUUCUUGCUCCUAUUUCGUUGAUUCCCUCUUCCAGUGAAGCUGAUAACUCUUCUGCAGGGGUUCGGAUAGUCGGAGUCAGCGUGAUGUUUUCGAGAUGUCGUUGUCUCUUGUGCGAUGCGACGUUUGCUUGCACCGAAAAAACCAGAUGGUGGCAGACCGCAGCUCUGUUGAAUCAUCUGCGGCAGCAGUUCUUGCAUAGAGUUAUUAUCGCCAGUAGUUCAGACAUAAUAUUAUCAAACAAGUUAUUUUGUGUUUGUUCACGAGAGUUAUGGAAAGCAGUCGCGACCCUCGGUUUGGGAAAGGGCGUGGUUGGUGACUGCAAGACGGCAGCAGGACUCCGAUUCCCGUGGCAGAGGGAGAUACCAAGGCCCACCGCGUGUCUUGGGUCCCCUCCGAGAGGCCACAACGCCAGGGAUUCUCCAUAAGAUCUCGUCGACAAUUGUGGAGCGACCUGGCGAACGUUUUCCUCAAUUAGGCUCCCCUGGGUGGCUCUUGAUUGCCCUGUGUAGAGAUACGGUGCCAGGGGCCUUUUCUGACCCACCUGGAUCCUCGCGACCCGGGUGCCGGCUCCUUGCCUCUGUUGUUUGCGAGUGUGUUGCGUUGGUUGUGUG